CACCCCCAUACACAGCACACACACACACACACAUACACACACCCCUCAACCGCGACGGGUUCUCCGCAGCUCGCAGACACCCGAAGGGAGGGAGAAAGGGAGAAGAGGAGCAGAGGGAAGCCGGGAGCAGAUAGAAGGGAAAAGAGCUCAGGGUUGGACAUUUUUGGAGCUAGGGGUGGGGAGGAGAAAAGGAGCGCACCUCCUCGAUUUUCCCCUCCCCACCCCUCUUUGCUUUUCUCUCCCCUUCGUUGUACAGCAUUUUCCAGAAGCGGCAGCAGAAGGGGACAGAAACCUCUAGUCGAGAAAGAUUUGGAGGGGUGGCGGGGUCUCCCGCCAGCCGCUACCUGGCAGCUGGAGCUUGAGUGUGCGUUUGUGCAUGUGAGAGUGUAAAUGCGGUUCUCUCUCUGUGGCUCUCUCUCCCUGUCUCUCUCUCCCCGUCUCUUCUCUCUCUCCCCGCUCACAGUCCCGCGUCGGCCGCCCCUGUCAGUUUGCCCGUGUCAGUUUCUUCCCUGGCUCUUAUUGUGUGGCUGGCUGCGCUAAGAGAGUGCGUGUGUUUGAAGCGGCCCAGGCUGGGUCAUACAAGCCCGGAGAAGCGAGAGAACAGGCAGGGGGCGGGUGGAGUGAAGAGUUUCGGGGCGCUGACGGAGGCGAAAGGUGAGGAGGACCGGCCAGCUACUGGGAAGUUUAGGGAUAACUGAAGAGCGGAGGGAAAAAACCAAGGUAGGAGCCCGCACUCGCGCCUCUCACCACACCCCGCCCCUUUCCCUGUGCUCCGCUGCCCACAGCCCGGCAGCCUCCAGGCCCGCGGCUGUCCCAGGCGGCUGCUCUUUGCGCGCCGCCCGAAGACCGAAUCCCGCGAGGCGGCCGCACCGCGCGCCCUGGUUCGCCGACACCAGAGCACGCAGAUCCGGACAAACCACUUGGCCCCGGGGUUGCUAAAUGCUAUGAACCAUGGCCCAACUAUACUACAAAAAAGUCAACUAUUCGCCAUACAGAGAUCGUAUCCCCCUGCAGAUUGUGAGGGCUGAGACCGAGCUCUCUGCAGAAGAGAAGGCUUUCCUCAAUGCUGUAGAGAAGGGGGACUAUGCCACAGUGAAGCAGGCCCUACAGGAGGCUGAGAUUUACUACAAUGUCAACAUCAACUGCAUGGAUCCUCUGGGCCGGAGUGCCCUGCUUAUUGCCAUUGAGAAUGAGAAUUUGGAAAUUAUGGAGCUUCUACUGAACCACAGCGUAUAUGUAGGUGAUGCAUUGCUCUACGCCAUCCGCAAGGAAGUGGUGGGCGCUGUGGAGCUUCUGCUCAGCUACCGGCGGCCAAGUGGAGAGAAGCAGGUCCCCACGCUGAUGAUGGAUACCCAGUUCUCUGAGUUCACACCAGACAUCACUCCCAUCAUGCUGGCUGCCCACACCAACAACUACGAGAUCAUCAAAUUGCUUGUCCAAAAACGAGUCACAAUCCCACGGCCCCACCAGAUCCGCUGUAACUGUGUGGAGUGUGUGUCCAGUUCAGAGGUGGACAGCCUGCGCCAUUCCCGCUCCCGGCUGAACAUCUAUAAAGCGUUAGCAAGCCCCUCACUCAUUGCCUUGUCAAGUGAGGACCCUAUCCUAACUGCCUUCCGUCUGGGCUGGGAGCUCAAGGAGCUCAGCAAGGUGGAGAAUGAAUUCAAGGCCGAGUAUGAGGAGCUCUCCCAACAGUGCAAACUCUUUGCCAAAGACCUGUUGGACCAAGCUCGGAGCUCCCGGGAACUAGAAAUCAUCCUCAACCAUCGAGAUGACCACAGUGAAGAGCUUGACCCUCAGAAGUACCAUGACCUGGCCAAGCUGAAGGUGGCAAUCAAAUACCACCAGAAAGAGUUUGUUGCUCAGCCUAAUUGCCAACAGUUACUUGCCACCCUGUGGUAUGAUGGCUUCCCUGGAUGGCGACGGAAACACUGGGUAGUCAAGCUGCUUACCUGCAUGACCAUUGGGUUCCUGUUUCCCAUGCUGUCUAUAGCUUACCUCAUCUCCCCCAGAAGCAACCUUGGGCUGUUCAUCAAGAAACCCUUUAUCAAGUUUAUCUGCCACACAGCAUCAUAUCUGACCUUCCUCUUCAUGCUUCUCCUGGCUUCUCAGCACAUCGUUAGGACAGACCUUCAUGUUCAGGGGCCUCCCCCAACUGUCGUGGAAUGGAUGAUAUUGCCUUGGGUUCUCGGUUUCAUUUGGGGGGAGAUUAAGGAAAUGUGGGAUGGUGGAUUUACUGAAUAUAUCCAUGACUGGUGGAACCUGAUGGAUUUUGCAAUGAACUCACUCUACCUGGCAACUAUUUCAUUGAAGAUUGUGGCCUAUGUCAAGUAUAACGGUUCUCGUCCAAGGGAAGAAUGGGAAAUGUGGCACCCGACCCUGAUUGCAGAAGCGCUCUUUGCAAUAUCCAACAUUUUAAGUUCGUUGCGUCUCAUAUCCCUGUUCACAGCCAACUCCCACUUAGGACCUCUGCAGAUCUCUUUGGGGCGCAUGCUGCUCGAUAUCCUCAAAUUCCUCUUUAUCUACUGCCUAGUACUGCUGGCUUUUGCCAAUGGAUUGAACCAGCUUUACUUUUAUUAUGAGACCAGAGCGAUCGAUGAGCCAAACAACUGCAAGGGAAUCCGAUGUGAGAAACAGAAUAAUGCCUUCUCCACGCUCUUCGAAACCCUCCAGUCACUCUUCUGGUCUGUCUUUGGCCUUUUAAAUCUCUAUGUCACCAAUGUAAAAGCCAGACACGAGUUCACAGAGUUUGUGGGAGCUACCAUGUUUGGGACAUACAACGUCAUCUCCCUAGUUGUGCUGCUGAACAUGCUGAUUGCCAUGAUGAACAACUCCUACCAGCUUAUUGCCGAUCAUGCCGAUAUUGAGUGGAAGUUUGCAAGGACAAAGCUCUGGAUGAGUUACUUUGAUGAAGGUGGCACCUUGCCACCUCCUUUCAACAUCAUCCCCAGUCCCAAGUCAUUUCUCUACCUUGGUAACUGGUUUAACAACACCUUCUGCCCCAAAAGAGACCCUGAUGGUAGACGGAGAAGGCACAACUUGAGAAGCUUCACGGAACGCCAUGCUGACAGCCUGAUACAGAAUCAACAUUAUCAGGAAGUCAUCAGGAAUUUAGUCAAAAGAUAUGUGGCUGCUAUGAUAAGAAAUUCCAAAACAAACGAGGGAUUAACAGAAGAAAAUUUUAAGGAAUUAAAGCAGGACAUUUCCAGCUUUCGAUAUGAAGUACUUGACCUCUUAGGAAACAGGAAACACUCAAGGAGAAGCUUUUCCGCGAGCAGCACUGAACUCUCUCAGAGGGAUGAUGCCAAUGAUGGCAGUGGUGGGGCUCGGGCCAAAUCCAAGAGUGUCUCUUUCAACUUGGGCUGCAAGAAAAAGGCCUGCCACGGGCCACCUCUCAUCAGAACCAUGCCAAGAGCUGGGGGUGCCCAAGGGAAGUCAAAAGCUGAGUCAUCAAGUAAACGGUCCUUCAUGGGUCCUUCUCUCAAGAAACUUGGUCUCUUGUUCUCCAAAUUUAAUGGUCAUAUGUCUGAACCCAGUUCAGAGCCAAUGUACACCAUUUCGGAUGGCAUCGCUCAGCAGCACUAUAUGUGGCAGGACAUCAGAUAUUCUCAGAUGGAGAAAGGGAAAGCAGGGGCCUGUUCUCAAAGUGAAAUUAACCUCAGUGAGGUAGAAUUAGGUGACGCCCGGGGUGCUGCUGAGAGCAGUGAAUGCCCCCUAGCCUGUUCUAGCUCUCUCCACUGUGCAUCCAGCAUCUGCUCCUCAAAUUCUAAACUUUUAGACUCCUCAGAGGAUGUAUUUGAAACUUGGGGAGAGGCUUGCGACCUGCUCAUGCACAAAUGGGGUGAUGGACAGGAAGAACAAGUUACAACGCGGCUCUAAGUCUAAGCCCCUAUCCCCUGUUGUGGAACACAAGAGAAAAUUUGUAAUUUCCUUGCUCUCAGAGGUGACAUAGCAUCUGAUUCCUUCAUUGCCCUCCGCCCCCACCAGAAAGGAGAGUGAAACUCCCAGUAUCUUCACUGUCUUUUAUAGCCACAUUUUCCAUUUUUUUUUGUUCUUGUUAGUAUGAUUAUUAUUGCUAUUGUUUGCCUUUUAAUGCCUAUUAACAUGAAGUCCAUCUCACAACCAGCUGCAGGGGUGUUUGCCCCGAAUCAGCAGAGGUGCAGUCGGGUGCUUUACCCUUUGGCUUUGCUUUUCUUCCCCUUGCUUCCUUGAAGCUCCAGGUGCCACUUUGCUACUGUUGCUGCCGCGCAGAGUCCUGACCUUUCACAGGAUCUCAUGCCAUUUCCCCACGGGGCUGAGGGAGGUGUUCGGCAGUCCCCACCAGCUAUCAGAUGAGGCAAGCCAACCUUCCUAUCGAUGUCUGUCGCCCAUUCCAGUUCAACAAACAGCAUCAAAGGGAGACUGAACAGACUCCAAAGAAUUGUCAGCUUGUGGUUUCGGGGUAGAACUGGCCUUUCUCGUUGUUUUUGUUUUUAAACACAAUGAUUUCUCCUUAUCGUGGGGGCUGUUGAGUGUUUCGUUUCUAAAAGAUGUGUUAGUUUCCCCACGUGUGCCAGUAAAUAUUUACCACGUAGUAUGUGUCCUAUCUAAUUAGUUAGUGAAUUCCUUUCCUGUGUUUGUGUGUUUCAGUUGACUUACUACCUUUUAAAAUGUGAUAGUAUUGAGAUUAGUAUUUAGGACGUGUGCUGUUUUUAAGACCCUCUGCUGUACUCUAACCAGUAGUCGCUACAUCUCAUACAUUGGCCAAAAAAAAAAAAUAAUAAUAAUAAUUAGCUGGUACAUUUAUAGGGAUCUAUCUACUGUCGAUAGUUUUAGUCAUCAUUGCUAUCAAAAGCAUUUCUAAGGUGAAAGUCUGGGUUUGAAAAUAUUUUUUUAUCAGAAAAAUUACAUCUUGCUGAGGUGUCAGAAUCCAAAAAGAGCAUCUUCAUUUGAAUUCAUUGCAUUCUGAUGAAAAAACAAUUUUAGGUCUAGAUAACCUAAUUCAGGUUGCAGUUUUAAUAUUCAUUGCAGACAGCAGAAUUGCAUGUGUCAACUUAUGUUAGAUACAUAACAUAACCCUACUAACUUCAUGGAACCAUAAACGUGAUCCAAAUUCUGUCUUCAAAGAAAGCAGAAUUUAUAGAUACAAAUUCUUUUCCACAGAUAUAGAUACAAAUUCUUUUCCACAUUUUGAAGAGUACCUCAUCAAAAUCUGAACGUUCAGGCUAAAAAAAUGAAGUCUAUGAUGCAUAUGGUCAUCAUUUUGACCCAAUAACCACUGAGUGAUAACCUGCACACCAAGGGUGGGAUUGAUUUUGGGUUUUUUUUUUUUUUGCCUCUGAUUUUUGUGGUUUUGUUUUUAUUAUUUUUUACCAACAUUAGCACAGAGUUGUCCCCAAUUCACCCUCUAACAUAUGACCUGAUCAGCCCUAGGUGUGGGUCCGAGAGAAGUAAAUUAAUAGUGCAUAGCUCAGAAAAGUAAGAAAGUUAAGUGUUUUUCUGUUCUUGUAAAUGUUAACAGUAACAGAAAUCCAUCUAAAUUCAUGUGUGUACUUUCUGGUACAAGUAAAAUGAAGCAUUUUCAAAGAAUGCAUAUAUGCCUCUAAAAUAGCUUGGGACAGUGUAGUUUCUGGGUUAUUUGAAUUGAUUCCUAUUUCCAGCUCUAGCUUGGUACCUGAUGGUCAAAACAUUGCACAUGAAGAGACAAAUUGGUGGGGAGGGGGGAAUCCAAGGGGGUGUUGAAUAAAGCUUGGAUCCAAGGAAAAGUGAUCAAGAGAACAAGUUGCAUCAAAACCCAUCUGAUGAGAGAUUGUCCCCAGAUAAUUCUUUGAUCAUAGCUGAAGUGAUUAUUUACUCAACUCCAACUUCUCGCCUGCUUGCCUAAGCGGGACAAUCAUAAAUGACCUUGUUAUCAAUAACAGGUGGUUUUCCAGAAGGAAGGUUUCUGAAUUUACGGAUUCGAAUUUUCCAAUUGUUAAAUUUACUUUUGGUAAUAAAUAGCACUCAGGCUACCUUCCUAAUUCAUACUGAUAGCACCAAAAACCAAUACAUGGCCCUAUGUCAUCAAAAGAAAAUGAUACCUCUUUCUCACAAAUACAUGUACUUGUGAUAAUCUAAGUAUAAUUGUUCUGGCAGUCACUGUAUCAAUUUGUCAGAAAACAAGGGUAGCCAUAGAACCAUGCUCCAAUAUAGUCUUUUCUCAGUUACGUUCUGAGGAGAAAAUAUGUAUAAAUGAUAGCAGCCAAUCUCGACGACUAAAAGAAACCAGUGUCAUAUUUUAUGAGCAGUACAUUCCUUUUCAGAUCUUCUCAGGGUUAUUGUCUUUAUGACUUGGGCUUACAACUGCACUAGGUACCUUGAGGCCUGGUUAUGAUAGGGAUUGAGGCCAGUGAGCUGUUAAAGCUGGACAGCUAUCGCCUGCCAUAACUUCCACGUUGGUGACAUAAAUAUUUUUAUUCACUUUAACUCAGAAAAGUAGGAACUCUUAACAUAUAAAUAGAAAGGAAAACAGAUUUGUGUUCACCUCUGGACCUCUAUAGACCCAUCGGACCAGCUACUAUCAAGAAAGGUAUUUCAAAUACAGUACUUAAAUGUCAUCUGACCCCAGAGAAUGUAUAAGCCGAUGUGAGAGUGAAUUUAUGAGCAGAGAAAAUUGGAGCUAAGAGAGUACCUUAGAGAAAAACCACUCUAUCCCAACCUCUAUUCCAACCUCUUAUUUUACAAACAGGAAAAAAAAAAAAAAAAGGCCCAGAGAAGAAUGACUUGCUCAAGGUCACAGAGCCAGCCAAUAAAUCCAAAUCUACUAAGUCAUACAGAAGCAAGACAUUUAUUAUUAAGCAUAUAUAUGAUAUAGUAUGUAUAGGAGAUGUGAAAAUGAAAUGGCCGCUAUACAUAUAUUUUUGUCCAUUUGCUCCAAAACUUAAGGCUGAUAUAUUUAAAUGUAAAGUGAAAAAUGUACCCCGAAGUCAAAUAUAGUGAUACAUGGUAUAAGAAUCAUUUACUACUUGUACAAAUAUCUAUACCAUGGUUUACCUCCAUUAUAGCUGGCUUUCUUGUAACUUCUAGAUACCUGUAUUCAUUUGUUUGAUUCCACCACAAUUCCAUCAGGGUGUCCCUGAUAGUAAGGGUAGAUCCCACAAAGAAAAUGUCUGAAUUAUAUUAGAAAAUGACCACUGCUGAAGAAUCCCUUCCACUUCCAACUUUAAGUCCAGUGGAGUACAAAGACAAAGGAAAGAUUUCUAAUUCAAAGUCACUGUUUCUUGAAGAUGCCAAAUUUUACAAGGGUAUAAAUGCUCCAAGUUAUAUUUUUGUCCAUUUACAUCAGAAUAUUACAGAUUUCUCUCUGCCUCCCAUAGUCAUUUUUUAUUCUGCUCUGACCUAAUUUAGGCUAUUUCAGCUAGGCUCAAAACAUCUAAACAUUUGCCUGCAAUUUGAUUAAAGAACUGGGAAAAAAGU